AUGGCACGCGGCAAGAAUGUCGAGAUCAGCGAGUAUGAGCGGAAACGGCAGGAGAAUAUUGCAAAGACGCAGGCGCUACUGCGCAACCUCGAGAUGGAGGCAGCAGAAGCUGGUCUAGGUCCCACAGGCAAGGCGAAGACGUCUGUACCUUCCAGACCAAAAGUAAAGAAGCCGACGCCGAAGAAGAUCAAGCAAGAAGAAGUUGUGCCGCGGAGGACAUCCUCACGGUUAAAGGGCAUUGUGGCAGACAGUGAAGUUGCAAAGCGUAAAGCAGAGGACGAAUAUGUCGCCUUACAAGCUGCGGAUCGUGCGAAGAGACAACGCGUUAGUGAUGCGUUUAACUUCAGUGACAUCGUCGUAGCAGGCAAGGACUGGAACAGGAGUGGAAACUUCCUCUCUGUUGGCCCUGCGGAUCCGUAUGCUCGGACAUUCGACUACAAUGACGUCAAGGAGACUACGGACAAAGAGUUGCGUGCACUGCGGGAACGCAUGAGUGGCCUGCAACUAUGGGAAGACUUUGAGCCGAAUGAGAUAAAGAUUACACCGGAGCGCAUAUAUUCCAUGGGAUUUCAUCCCACAACCGAAAAACCAUUAGUGUUUGCGGGCGACAAGCUGGGUAACUUGGGUAUCUGUGAUGCCUCCCAGAAAGCCGCCGAAGUCAAAGUAGAAGACGACGAAGAUGCAGAUCGCGAAGGACCGACCAUCACAACCUUAAAACCGCAUACACGCACAAUCCACACCUUCCAGUUUAGCCCCCAUGAUGCAAACGCACUCUACACCGCGUCCUACGACUCCUCUGUUCGUAAACUAGAUCUCGCCAAGGGUGUCGCAGUGGAAGUCUACGCCCCCUCCGACCCCGACUCCGAAGCUCCCUUAUCCGGACUCGAAAUAUCAAAAGACGAUCCUCACACGCUCUACUUUUCCACCCUGGACGGUGAAUUCGGCAUCUACGAUAUGCGAACGCCCUCUGAGAAGGCAGCAGGACUACAAGUCUUUCAACUUUCGGACAAAAAGAUCGGAGGUUUCACUCUGCAUCCUCUUCAUCCGCACCUCGUCGCAACCGCUUCCCUAGAUCGCACACUGAAGAUCUGGGAUCUGCGGAAGAUUACCGGCAAAGGAGAGAAUCGGUCACCAGCGCUCGUGGGAGAGCAUACGAGUAAACUGUCCGUGUCGCAUGCUGCGUGGAAUUCUGCGGGGCAGGUUGCUACUGCGAGUUACGACGAUACAAUCAAGAUCCACGAUUUUGGCAACUGUGCGGAGUGGAAGGUAGGGACGGAGAUGGGAGAGGAGGACAUGGAACCGAGUGUGGUAGUACCACACAACAACCAAACUGGACGAUGGGUUACCAUACUCCGAGCACAAUGGCAGCAGUUUCCCCAAGACAACGUCCAACGUUUCUGCAUUGGUAACAUGAACCGUUUUGUCGAUAUCUACACUGCAAAGGGGCAGCAACUUGCGCAACUUGGGGGCGAGGGCAUCACGGCGGUGCCAGCUGUUGCAAAGUUUCAUCCUACCAUCGACUGGGUGGCUGCGGGGACUGCUAGUGGGAAGUUGUGUUUGUGGAUGUAA